AUGAAAUUCGGCAAGACCUUCUUGUCCCACCAGAUUCCAGAAUGGUCGGUCCAUUACAUGAAUUAUAAGCACUUGAAGAAAGUGAUCAAAACCAUCGACAAAUUCAUCAACUACCACACCUACUCGCCCUUGGAGCUCCCGGAGCUUAUUCUGACAGUCCUUUCCCAAUUUUUUUACGAGCUUGAUAGAGAUAUCGAAAGAGUGUCUGAAUUUUACAACGCCAAGUAUAAUGAGUACUCCAGAAGAACCGCCCGGAUUGUCCAUGUGUUGGGCUACACCAAUGGGAAAAUCACCCACCAGGUCGACACCACAGAUGAGCUUGAUGAGAUCGUGUCGAUCUCGUUGGAGCUUCGUGCAAUUUACAGGAACUUGAAGUGGUUCGGCGAGUUGAAUCACAAGGGUUUCAUCAAGAUCUUAAAGAAGCUCGAUAAGAAGUUGCUCUACUUGACAAACUUGGCCAACGACCAAUUGCGUGUAGAUGCGCUGGGCUCCGAUGAAGACAAUCAGGAGAACGUGCCCCAGGUGAAUUUGCCUAAUAACAACAAAGAAAUCUACUUGACCACCAGAGUUGACGCUUUGCCCUUUGCCAACGGCGUCGAACUUCAGGCCGGCUUGGAUACGAUCAAUGAGAUCUUGAACCAAUUGGGCGACCAGCAAAUUGAGUUGGAGAAUACCUUAGAGGCCGAGAAGGAGGUAUCGAAAACAACGCAGAACUUGAACGUGUUGAAGAUUGGUGGUAACAGGCGCUAUUCAUUCGAUAAGGAGUUUAUGGAGAACUUCUAUGAGCUCAUCUACCAGAACGAAGCAGACAAGCUUAUUGCUGAGCUCGACGCUUUGGACUGGGGCCAAAAGUCUGUCAAGUUGUUUCUCUCGUUGCUCAACAAGGCCACUCUCGCUAACUCGGUAACGUGUACUGAUCGCCUUUUCGAUUAUUUAGUCGAUUUCACCAAAACGCACGCUGCAGAGGUGGGUGAUAGUAAUGCUUUGUUUGACUCAAUAGAUAUUUCCGGCAGAAACUUCUUCCAUCAACAUGUUGUUUCUUUGGGCAAGAAGCAGCUAAUCAAGGAGCAGAAGCAGACUAAUCCUGGAGAAUCGAGCGACAUCAAGCGUUUGUACGGAAACGAGAGUGGACCUGACGGAUCUCAGCUUUCCCCUGUUCGUAUCGAUGGUUUGGCUCACAUCUUGCAGAAGGUAGAGAAAUACCCUGAGUAUCAAAGUCUCCUUAUAGCCAAGGAUACCUAUUUACGAACACCUGUCCACUAUGCUGCUCAAUACGGUACCAAAGACGUCACUUCUUUGCUUUUGGAGUACAUGAAAAAAUGGAACUUGAUUGAUCCUGCUAUUCCUAUUGACCUGGUGGAAGCAUGGGGUGACCAAGAAGGUUUGACUCCUUUGCACCUCUCUAUCAUUGGAAAGCAUCCCAAGACGACAGCAAACCUUCUUGCUGUGAAUAGUCUGCCUUUGUCGUGUCCAAACUUGUUGCUCUUGGCAACUAGGCUUGAUUGUGAGGACAUUCUUCGCAAUCUUCUUGAAUGUAAUCUUGUUGACAUCAACUACACUGAUGCUGAGAACAAUGAGGAGACUGCUCUUUAUGUUGCUUCCAAGCUCAACCAAUUGAACACUGUCAAGUACUUAUUGCAAAAAGGUGCUGAUACAGAAUUGGGUGAGUGUGUUUUUGGAUGGACACCUAUUUUCAUUGCUGCCGCAGAAGGUUUUGAAGAUGUCGUCAAGACCUUGAUUGAUUAUGCAGCCAGAUACGAUUUGGUGGACGAUUCUGGUUGGUUGCCUAUGGAGCACGCUUCCUUGCGUGGUCAUUUAGCUGUUGCAGACUUGUUGAAGCCCUCCGACGACAACUUGCUUUUGUACAACAUCGACGACCCUUCAAAGAAUACCCCAAGAACUCACAACCCGUCUUCAAGAAAUGGAUCAAACACUACGUCGCCCUUCUUGCAUCCAACUAGCGAGGAAAUGCUCAUGUCAACUUCUUCUAUUGAAAAGCUUCCAGAGCUGAACAGAAACGCUGUGAACGAGGUUUACCGUCAGUUCAAGCAGAUCGACAGCAGCUCAACCAGCAACAUCAACAAUGGGGGUCUGAAUGGUCAUGGCAGAGACCGCUCGCGUGCCAGAAGUCAUUCCAGAUCAAGAUCUCCUGCUAGCCGUCGUAAGAUGAAACCCAUCAAGUCCUUUGGUCAUAGAUACUUGGCUAAGGGUGAGCUGUUGAUCUUGAUCACUUUAGGUACAACAGAUUUGCGUGACCAGCUGAAACCUAUUGAUCUCAACAAGAUCUCCAUGUCUCAGAGUUUCUUUACUGAACUUGAUACUGCUCUUUCGUUGGUUGUCACUUGUCGUCAUAAAGUUACAAAAGAUGUGAUCGAAGCUCCCGUUGUGGUUGAUUUGCCAUUGGAAGAUCAGCAUGGCAGUGCCACCGAUCCAAUCACAUUUAAGCUCGAUGCUGGCUUCUGCGCUGACGAUAUGGUGGUAAACUUUGACAUCGUGCCAACGUAUCAGUAUCCUACGAGUAACCUUCAGAACACACACAAGGGUGCCAUGAAGGGCAAGAUUUUGGGCAGAGGUGUCGCUUUGUUGAAUAGUGCUUACACGAAGGUGGGCGAAAAAUUGCGUUCGCUUCACAACACUAUCACCGUUCCAAUUUUGGAAUUGGACUCACUUGAGAUGUUGGGCACUCUCAAAUGUGAGUACAUGUGCGCCAAGUCGUUCGACCACCAUCAGAUUUCCAUCACUCGCUCUGACACUUAUUGGAAGCAGUUGGUUUCCACAAGAGUUAUAGGCCACAGAGGUUUGGGCAAAAACAUGAACAAAAGAGACUCUUUACAGUUGGGUGAAAACACGGUCGAGUCUUUCAUCGCCGCUGCUUCUUUGGGUGCUUCGUACGUAGAGUUUGAUGUCCAACUCACCAAAGAUCAUGUUCCUGUUAUUUACCACGACUUUUUGGUUGCGGAGUCUGGUGUCGAUAUUCCAAUGCAUGCAUUGACGGAAGAGCAGUUCUUGGGUCUCAGUGAGCAUGAGGCAUCCACAAAGAAGAAUGCCAAAUUUUUGAGUUACGACAAGGUCAACAACAACUUGAACAUCACAAAAAACUUCGCCCUUGAUGACGAGCUUUUAGGAAAAUACAACAGACCUAGAUCGAUGUCGUCGUACCCAUCGGCGCCCAACUUCGCAUCCAGAGCAGAGGAGGAUGAGUUGGACAGAGAAUUUCAGAGCCAGAUAUCCAACCGAAUGAAGCUUACGAAAACUUGGAAGGAGAAGGGCUUCAAGGGUAACGCAAGAGGUUUGUCUGUUGCGUCGAACUUUGUCACCUUGAAAAGGCUAUUCCAGAAAUUACCCAAGAAUGUUGGCUUCAACAUCGAACUCAAGUACCCUAUGUUGGAUGAGGCUCAGCAUGAGAGUAUGGGAGAGGUUGCCUACGAUAUGAACUUCUAUGUCGAUACCAUCUUGAAGACAGUUUACGAGGAGAACAAUAGUGGAAGAGACAUUUUGUUCUCGUCGUUCCAUCCUGAUAUAUGUCUCUUGCUCUCUUUGAAGCAGCCAACGAUGCCGAUUUUAUACUUGACUGAAGCAGGCACUGAGCCUAUGGCCGACAUCAGAGCAUCUUCGUUGCAAAACGCCAUCAGAUUUGCCAAAAAGUGGAAUCUAUUGGGUAUUGUCAGCAAUGCCAAAACGUUGGUCAAGACGCCUAGACUUGCCCAGGUUGUCAAGAGCUCCGGUUUGGUUUGCGUGACUUACGGCGUGGAAAACAACGAUCCAGAGGCAUGCAAGAUCCAGAUGAAGGCUGGUGUCGAUGCUGUGAUCGCUGACUCUGUGUUGGCGGUGAGAGAGGGACUUAGAAAGGAAGAAGAGGCAGUGUACUAG